CUAAUUCUUCAUGGUGAUGAAAAUCAGUUUAGUUAAAACGGAUUGUUCGAAUUACCUCGCGUUUAAAGAUCAGAUUCCACAGCAAAAAUGCUGUCAAACAACUCCACUCAAUAAGUAUGUAGAAUGAGUACGUGUGAACCAAGAGAUUGGGACAUCCCAGUGUCGUAUACAGCACAGAACACGUUUAAUCCUAUGAGAAAUGUUGUGGAGACAAUCCACAUCGAGGAAAAUCCUCAAUUGGAGUUGAUUCGUCUCACUGUUGAUUACAAUGCUUGCAUUAGACGACCUUGUAAGAACAAUGGUCUUUGUAUCCGUCUUGAUUUUUCGUAUCGAUGUAAUUAUAAACAUGGGUACUCUGGAAAAAUUGUGAAAGCUCCAUUUAUGGCUAAAAUUUUCAUCAUCUGCCCACUUAAUCAAAGAAAAUUUUGAACUAAGUAUUAGAUGAAACUAGUUUCAGUAACAGAUUACACUUUGAUUUCACUGUAAUGUAUUUUUUCUCUAUUUCUUUCAAUAAAAC